AGGAGAGGAGGGUGGAGGAAGAAGAAAAGAGAAAAGUCACACAGUGAAACAAGAAGAAGAAGGAGGAGGAGGAGGAGAUUAGUAGUGCUGCUGGGAACGGACUGUGUACUGUGUGUGAGAUAGAUAGAUAGACUAACUAACUACAAUACUACUGCAAACGAGAGAGAGAGAGAGAGAGAGAGAGACAGAGAGAGUUUGUUUGUUUGUUUGGACGCGAGAUGAUGCUUUAAAAAAGCGGGAGACAAGAUAUGAAGAUGUCACAACAAACUACAACUACAGAAACAACUACUUCAAAACAAACUACAAAACAAACAACAACAACAAGUGUGGUGAACAGCGGUAUCCGUAGCAACAGCAGCCGCAGCGCUGAGCGAGGAGCUCCGGCCGGGUGUUUUGCCCGGGCACCGCUCACGCCGGGACGCCGCUGAGGAGAGCAGGGCUGCGGGCAGAGCCGCUUGGGAGCCUCCGCUACUUUCCACACUUGCUAGCUUAGCUUACUUAACGCUAGCUGGUGUAGCUAGUUAACUAGUUUGAGUAGUUUUGAGUGCUUGAACUUCCACACACACUCCACACUCGCUCCUAAUUAACCUAGUUAGCUUACUAGCUAACCAAACAGCUAAUAGCUUAAACUAUCUCUAACUCUGCACUGCUGCUGGUGCUGUUGUUGGGGAGGAGGGGUGUGUGUGUGUGUGCGCGGGGUGAGAGUGAGAGGAAACGCGGGAGAAGAAGGAGGAGAAGGACGGCGACGGAGACCGAUACGACAGCCCUCCCGCCCGCUAGCGUUCAGCUGCAACCGCAGGCUGGAAGUUAGCUAAACUCGCAGAGAGCCGGUUGAAGUGAAAGUUUGGCUGCUGGUUUGGGACUGCUGUGCGGAGUUAGGCCGUUCCUCGGCUCUCUAACACACAACUUUCCAGCAUGAAAACCCCGGGGGACUCGGGGUUUGCCUUCCCAGACUGGGCCUACAAGCCCGAGUCGAGCCCGGGGUCCCGGCAGAUCCAGCUGUGGCACUUCAUCCUGGAGCUGCUGAGGAAAGAGGAGUACCACGACGUCAUCGCCUGGCAGGGCGACUACGGCGAGUUCGUGAUAAAGGACCCCGAUGAGGUGGCCCGACUCUGGGGGGCGCGCAAGUGCAAGCCUCAGAUGAACUACGACAAACUCAGCCGAGCUCUCCGGUAUUACUACAACAAGAGGAUCCUGCACAAAACUAAAGGAAAGCGCUUCACCUACAAGUUCAACUUCAACAAGCUGGUCCUCGUCAACUAUCCCUUCAUAGACAUGGGGUCCUCAGGUGUUGGCGUUCCUCAGAGUGCUCCUCCGGUGCCCACUGGAGCAGGGACUCAUUUCCGUUUCCCUCCAUCAACACCGUCGGAGGUGCUCUCACCCAGCAGUGAGGAGCUGCGCAGUCCGAGUGUUUUCGGCACUGUGGGGCGGCGCAUGGCCCGCGGCUCCGUCUCUGACUGCAGCGACGGAACCUCCGUCAACUCUGAGAUCGAAGAGGGAAACGGCAACGGCCCAGGAGAGGAGCGAGCCUCGGAGAGAGCUGCUGAAAGAGCAGGAGGCUUCCGGGGACCCGUCCACCCUCGGCUGUCACACGAAGCCCUGUUCAGGAUGUACGGUGGGGCCGGGGCCCACCGGGGUCAUCGUGGACCUGAAGUCGCAGGUCAUCGAGUUCAUCAGGAGCCUCUAUCACCUUUCCCUGCGUCGCCUUUGGCAACACCGGGCGGCUCUGCAGCUCUGCUAGCUCCGCCCCCUCUCUCACCUGCCCUGUCCAUGACCCCCGGUGGAUCUCACCUGCCCUACAGUCCCUCACCCAGUCUCUCGCCCAUGCCGGGCUCCAUUUUCUCCUUCAACCCUGAAGACAUGCAGCGCUACCUGCAGGCGCACACGCAGAGCGUCUAUAACUACCACCUCAGCCCCCGCGCCUUCUUCCACUACCCCAACAUCAUCGUGCCCCAGCCGCACCGGCCCGACAAGGCUAUCACAGGAGCCGAGAGAGGUGUGAUCACCGCCCAAUUACCGUCCGGCCUGACGGCUCCGCCCCCAAGCCACGCCCACCCAGCAGCUGCCACCCACCCUCUGGCCUCUGCCGACGAGCCCCACCACUCUUCACCCUUCAAGUUUAAGCUGCAACCCCCACCUCUGGGCCGAAAGCAGCGUGAGGCUCAGGGUCGGCAGGGCUCGCUCUCCUCCAGCUCCACCUCAGGCUUUGGCUCCUCGCUCUCAUUCGGCAGCGAUCUGAGCUCGGCCAGCGGCUCCGGACUCGUCUCCAACUCCUCCUCCAGCGGCUCACUUAACAGUGCAGGCCUGCCUAAAAUCAAGGUGGAGCCUAUCUCUGAUAUCGAAUCAGAGGAAGAGGUGGAGGUGACUGACAUCAGCGAUGAAGAAGUGGACGAACGGGAUGAGGAGUUUGGAAUGUUCUCUGCCCCCAGACGCAAUCACCACCACCACCACCACCAUCAUCAGCACCAUCAUCAUAAUCAGCACCAUCAUCAUAAUCAUCCUCACGGCUUCAAACGGCAGUCCAACGGCACGGCCGCCGCAACCUUGCCCUAUGACGACCUGGAGGAGGACGUCUUCAAAGCCCCAGCCCCUCCUCCACUCUUCUUCAGCCCCGCCUCCUCUUCAUCGCGUGGUGGCCCUGUGGUGAAGAGUGAGCCGGACACGCCGCCUGCCUCCACAGGACUCGCCCCCAUUCACUCCCCCUCUCAGUGCAUCCCCCUGAAGCUGAGGUUCAAGCGGCGCUGGGAUCAGGAGCAGCACACUGAGGAGGCCGAGGACAAGAAGGUGAGAGGAGAGGUGAGGAACGGAGAGAGGGAGGAGAGAGACGAGAGUGGCGGCGGCGGAGAGGCCGAGAACUCGCCCCCGCACGGCCACCGCAGGGUCAGCGCCGAACUGCACCGAGCUACAGCCCAGCUCUCUCUGGAGAACAAGGACUGCUGAUACAUAGACACACACAAAAACACACAUUUAUACACAUCUACACAAAGGGGCUCCCUGUUAAGAAUGACUGGUGACAUACAAUUCUCUGCAAAAGUCCUAGACCACUCAAGAAAACGGCUUUAAACGCCAUAAUCUGGGCAGCAAGUAUGUUUUUAUUUGCAUAUAUAACAUUAGAAUCAACGCAAAUAA